AUGCCGACCGAGUUGAUCACUUUGUAUCCAUGCCAGGUACAGUCUUCACAGCUUCCCCAUGGGCCACAGGAGCUGACGGGGCCUGUUGUCGACAUCGUUGCAGUGCACGGACUUCAGGAGGAUCUUAUCAGUGCCUGGACAGAUCCCAAGACAAAUAUUCUCUGGCUUCGAGACCUGCUUCCUGAAGAUGUCAAGAACGUCCGGGUGUUGACCUUUGGAUACAAUGGCUCUCCGGAGUCAUUCUUUGGUCACGGUGGUGUUGACCCGUUAUAUCCAACAGCAGAGACCCUCGUUGCUACCCUUCACACCGACCGCUCUCUUACCCGUUGUCUUCAACGACCCAUCAUUUUCGUUUGCCAUGGUCUGGGUGGACUCCUCGUCAAGCAGGCAUUGUUGUAUGCUCAUGAUCAGAGGGGCGAACACACUCGUUUCUACCGCGAUAUCUACACCUGCACUUAUGCAAUCGUCUUCUUUGGUACACCUCAUGACCAAGUCGAUAGGAAUGUUUGGCUCCAGCCAAAACGGCUCUUGAGAUCCUCAGACAGUUUUCAGUAUGGACCCCGGGAUGCGCUGACCAACGUCAAUCGCGCCUUCAGAGGUCUUCAAAAUGACCUGAACAUGUUGUUCCUUUGGGAAGAGAUCGAAACUCAUGUCAAGGAAUCCUCGGCAGCCCCGGCUCUGGAUGUGCAACGCUCGGGAAUUCCCGCAGACCAUAUCAACAUGACCAAAUUCUCGAGCAGGUCCUCUCCAGGCUACCGCACAGUUCUAGCUCCUCUACUUGGUUUCAUCCAAGACGCUCCCCUAAAGAUCGCUUUGAAGUGGCAGGAGCAAAAAAACCAGGGCGCGUUGCAGCGGUAUGAGUCGGCCAAGAUUGAUUCCCCGUUAAAGUCACCCACGACCGGUCAAUCAGGGGAAGGGGGUGGUGGUGACACCCCUGUGUUCUCGCAGAAGGGCAUCAGUAGCACUUUCGAUCCACCGCUUGACGAGUUGCUACAGACCUCUACAUUUGUUGGCCGUGAAAAAGAGUUCAAGACUCUUGAACAUGCGAUCUUUUCAUCUUCACAGCCACCGGGGCCGAAAAUAUUCGUCAUAUAUGGUAUGGGAGGCUCCGGUAAGACCGAACUUUGUUCUAGGUUUGCUACUAAGCACAAGAACCGAUUCCAGGGGGUUCUCACUGUCAAGGCAUCAUCACAGGACCAGAUCAAACGAACUUAUGCUGACAUCGGAACCAAGGGAGGUUUGGAGGCUACUGAGAACGCUGCCGCACAUAUCCUGUCACAUCUCUCAUACCCUUUUUUGCUCGUCAUCGACAACGCCGAUGAUCCAGCGCUUGGCCUCCGAAAACUUUUUCCUAAAACAAACAACUACGCCUAUAUUGUCAUCACAACUAGAAAUCUGGACCUAUGUAAGGUCGCCACUGUCGGAUCCUUGGAACUGAAAGGUCUGGAAGACACCGAAGCACUAGAAUUGCUGCUCAGUCGUGCGGACAUUCCAAAGCCCGUGGAUGAUGCCACCAGAUCGCUCGCCAAUGAGAUAUGCAAAACCCUUGGCUUCUUGCCCCUGGCUUUGGUGGUCGCAGGAACGUACAUCAAAAGGGGAAAGUUCAGCUCACGCCUGCAAGACUAUCUCGAUUUUUACAACGCUUGUCGGAAAUCUUACAAGCCUUCCCGUGUGAAGAUGGAUUCUGCCGAUAUGGGCGAGGAUAGAAAACUCAAGACAGCGUACCCGACUUUUGAAGUCUCAUUGGCUUACUUGGAAGAACAGAAUUCUAUUGCUUGCCAGGACGCCAUUGAAAUACUUAAUGUCGUGGGAUUCUAUCAUUUUGAACGUAUCGGAGUUGAUGUGUUUACAACGGCGGUUAAGAACAGAUCCCAAUCAUUUGGGCGUCGGCCCAGACCUUCAUUGGUCGCGAACCUCCUCAGCCCUGUUCAUAAACGCCUACAGCCUCCGGUCCUGCUCCCUGGUUUCCUCAAGACGCGAGCCGCAGUCUUGGAGGCAUGUCGUGCAGAAGACGCUAUUGCCGAGUUGGCAUCACUAUCUCUCAUCCGCUGGGAUGGAUCUGCACGGACUUUCUCAUUGCAUCCCCUAGUUCAUGCUUGGGCUCAGGAUAGGUUGAGGGAAUGCCGGCAAAUAUACGCUCAGAUGGCUUUCAAUCUCCUCGCGGAGGCCAUCACGCUACCUUCUGAUGACCUAGCCAAGGACGACCUUGGUGUCAGGCAGAGCCGAGAAAUCUUUCACAGAAGCUUGCUUCCCCAUCUUGAUGCCUGUUUAGCUGCCUGCCCUAUUGAGAUCGGGCCUUACAAGACCUAUUUGUCCAAGGUCUCUUUAUCCCUGACACCUUUCCUGUUACCAACAGCACUCUCGAUUCUAAUGCAGCAAUCUCUGGCUGCGGCGAAGAGCGGAUACGUAUAUGCGGAAUGUGGAAAAUUCCAACAAUCGGCCGAUUACUUGACAAAGGUGAAGGACCUGCUGCACGAGCUUCUUGGUCCCCGCCACAAGAGUACGAUGAGCAUCAUGUUAGGUCUAGCCAAGGUGUAUUGGGGACUCGGUCGUCUUGAUGAAGCAAUUGACCUGCAAAAGCUUGUCGUUGAUGCACGAAAGCAAGUCCUGGGUGAAACUCAUAUCGACACCCUCCUGGCGAUGGAUGACCUGGGACGAUCUUACUGGUUGAAUGGACAGUACAAAGAGGCGCUGGAGCUAUCUGGCAGCAGCAUGAGACAAAUGGAACUCGAGCUGGGACUCAAUGACGACCGCACGCUGGCUGCCAUGGAUAACUACGGCGUUGCACUUGCAUCGUGGCACAGAUUUUCCAAGAGUGCAGCCAUUCACAAGCAGGUCUUCACCAUACGCGAGGAAAAGCUGGGCGCGAAGCAUCUGGACACGUUGACUUCCAAGAACAACCUGGCCAUGGCGUUUCUCGAGUUGAAACACUUGGACGAGGCUCAGGAACUGAUGACCGGAGUGUUUGAGGAGAGGAAGAGGCAGCUCGGCAAGGAGCACCCCUGGACGCUCUGGGCGCUUUGCUGGCUCGCAAAGAUCAAGGUCAAGAUCGGGAAGCUCGACGAGGCGGAAGAACUGCUCGACGGCGGGAUCGAAGCGGGCAUCCGAAGUCUAGAUGAGAAUCACUUGGGCGUGCUGAUGGGAAAAGGUGAGCUGGCCCGUGUAUACUCUCGGCAGGGUCGCCUCAACGAGGCAUUCGAAGUUCUCUCAGACACAGUCACCCGCCUCGGGAGAUCAAGGGGCAUUGAACAUCCGGAUUGCUUCUAUGCGCUGUGGAAGUUAUCCGUCCUCCACCAUCGGCUUGGGAGAGCGCGGGAGGCGCGCGACGCCUGCGAAACGGCUCUGAAGAGGGCGCGGAAGAGAUUGACCGAUGCGCACCCGCUGGUCGGCAUGAUCGCCACUGACCUCGAGGGUUUCCAGAAAUCACUUCGAUCGCAGGCCCAGAGGGAGACGGGUAAUCAAGAAGCAGCGGCAGACAGAUCGCCCGACACCAGGACCGGGGUGUCGACUCUCAACCGCCGUUUCUGGCCUCGCCGCGCCCAACUGACGUGGUAA